ACUAGACCCGCCUCUGACGCUAUCGUUUGGCCAGGGCUGGGAGGAGCCAGUUAGCAGCUACACUGACACGUAAGAAUCCUGCGUAAAAUUUAAGGAAGAAGUUACAUCUUUUUCUUAAGUUGAAUGUGGUUACUGCUUCUUCGAGUCAGCCUUGAUGUAAUAGUUGACCUGUCCCGCAGCAGAGGCCUGUUUGUACGCGUUUGAAGCGACGCGGGACUGUCAGCAAGAGGAGGCGACGCACAAGAUGAGAUUUUCAGCGUUUAUUUCUGUCCUGCGGUCGGUCGGCCCGGUGGUAAUCGGUAUUUCUUUAGGGUUCACGUUGAGUUUAUUGAGUGUGAGCUGGACGGAAGAAGCAUGCUACCUAGACGGCAAGGAGGGUGAGGAUGUGACAGUGGGUCAGGAUGGGCAGCUCAAAGGAGCCCGAAAGCCCAACUCUAUUUCGACUAUCAACGAUGUGGAGUCCGAAGAGGAUUUUGAACCAAGAAUAGUCCCUUAUAAACAAGUCCAACAGAGUGCCCAAAAGAAAGUUUUCAGAGCUAAAUACAUAAGCACAGAGUUGGGGAUGCGAGAGCGUCUGCUGGUUGGGGUCCUGACUUCCAAAAACACCAUAAACACUCUGGGUGUAGCUGUAAAUCGCACCAUCGGCCAUCACCUGGACACUGUGAUCUUCUUCACCGGCAUGCGCAACCGCAAAGUCCCUCAUGGCAUGUUUGUCAUCUCUCAUGGAGACGAGAGGCAGAUAUGGAACAUGUUUCAGAACAUCAAAUACAUUUUAGACCAUUACAUCAAUGAGUAUGACUGGUUUUACUUAGUCCAAGAUGACGCAUACACGGAAGCUGACAGGAUCAAAGCCCUGGUGGAUCACCUGAGUAUAGAUCGAGAGCUUUACAUGGGCAGUCCUGAGGAGUUUAUAGGUGGAGAAAUGGAAGGGAAGUACUGCUACGGAGGGUUCGGUUAUCUCUUGUCACGUACCCUGCUCCUCCGACUCCAGCCCUUCCUGGAAAACUGUAGGAAUGACAUCCUGAGUUCAAGGCCUGAUGAGUGGCUCGGAAGAUGCAUCAUCGAUUACACUAACACAAACUGCGUCAGUGAAUCUCAGGGGCUUCAGUACCACCAUUAUGAGUUGGGAAAAAACUCUGAUCCGACUAAAGAACAGAGUGAACCGUUCAAGAAAGCUCUGACUGUCCAUCCAGUGUCUGACCCUGAACAGAUGUACAAGCUGCACAGAUACUUCACUGAGAUUGAACUCCAGAAGACUUACGAUGAGAUUGCUAAGCUGCAGGCAGAAAUAAAGAACGUGAGUGUGGUUGCUUUUGACGGCAACCGAAGCUCCCAGUGGCCCGUGGGGAUUAAUCCACCUUUUGAACCGAAAUCUCGAUUUGAAGUUUUGAAGUGGGAAUACUUCACAGAGGAGGAGAUUUAUUCAUGCAUCGAUGGCGCUCCAAAGUGUGAGCUGCAAGGUAUUGACCGCUUGGAUGUGGCUGAUGUCAUUGACGUAGCCAUGAUAGAGCUGAACAAGAAGUACAAGCCUGUCUUACAUCUGAAGAAGCAACAGCUAAUUAAUGGAUACAGGCGCUUUGACCCCGUCAGGGGCAUGGAGUACACCUUGGACCUCCAGCUGGAAGUGGUGAACCAAAAAGGUCACAGCCAUUCCGUCACUAAGCGAGUUCAUCUGGUGCGACCUUUGAGUCGGAUUGAGAUAAUCCCCAUGCCCUAUGUUACUGAAGCUACAAGGAUUCACAUCAUUAUACCUCUUACUCUGCAGGACCGGAGCUAUGUUGACCAUUUCCUUGAAGUAUUUGCCUCAAAUGCUUUUGAGACCAGUGAAAAUGCCAUCCUAACAUUCUUGUUUAUUUAUGACCCAGUGGAGGCACAGCAAGUCAAUCAGAAUGAUAUAUUUGCCAGCGUGAAAACUCAGAUAAACACUUAUGAACGCAAAUACCCCGCAGUAAAAAUCCCAUGGAUAAGUGUCAAGACAGAAACCCCAUCCCAGAUCAAAUUCAUGGACAUCAUCUCGAAGAAGCACCCAGUUGACUCGCUGUUCUUCUUGGCUAACGUCAACACAAAUGUCAAUUCAGAAUUUCUGAACCGCUGCCGCAUGAAUUCCAUAAACAACUGGCAGGUGUUCUUCCCCAUCCAUUUCCAGGACUUCAACCCUGAUGUGGCCUAUCACAACCAGGAGCAUCCCGCCACAGUCGAUCUGAUCAAGGACGCAGGGCAUUUUGACCGCCUAUCAUUUGACGAAGCGUGUUUUUACAACUCUGACUACAUGGCGACACGCACCCGAAUGGUGGCAGACGUCCAGGAGAACGAGGAGAUUUUAGAGACCCUGGACAUCUUCGACACGUUCUUAAAGUAUUCGGGUCUGCACGUAUUCAGGGCAGUGGAGCCAUCAUUGCACCAGCAGUAUAGCUUCCAAGCCUGCAACCCGCAGCUAAGUGAAGACAUCUAUCAUAGGUGUGUUCAGAGCAACUUGGAAGGUCUCGGUUCCCGCUCCCAGCUCGCCAUGCUACUGUUUGAGCAAGAACAAGGAAACAGCACUUGAAAACGCCAGUGAACUUCUGCUUCUGCAUGACUUUUAAAUGGAUGUUAAAGGAACACGGCCGACUUAUUGGGACUUACGCUUAUUCACAGUAGCCCCC